AUGGGGAAUGCUCGUUCCGGCAGGUACAGUUCUGACUACCUACGACCUGAUCAUCUCACUCAGACCAUCAUUCUCCGUAUGGCCAGCAAGAACGUGAGCAAGGCUGUCGAUACUGUGAGAAGGGCUGUGCUUUCUGCUGGCGGUUUAAGCGGACAUGGACCCCGAAACACAGGCUUCCUUGUGACUCGCCAACAUUUGCUUGGCACUCUGCCCCCUGCCCGAAAUCCCCAGCCUGAGCCUGUCCACGCCCCGCCCACUGCCCACGAGGACUACCGUAGUCGUUGGGAUAAGGACAUAGAUAUUCGUGGUUACCGCUCUUUCGUAUAG